AUGUUUUCGUGGAGUAUUACGAAAUCCGCUGAGGCGAUGUUCUCACGGUGGGCUGUAAAGCGUAUCUGCAAAUUUUUGCUCAAGAAGAAGUUGGGCAAGUUUAUUCUUGGGGAUAUUGAUCUUCACCAGCUUGAUGUUCAGCUCGGUGCUGGCACAAUUCAGCUCUCCGAUCUUGCGCUGAAUGUCGAUUAUGUAAACGAGAAGUUGGGAACAGCGGCAGUUCUACUGAAAGAAGGGUCUGUGGGGUCACUUACGGUAACUAUGCCUUGGAAGGAUGGUGGCUGCCGGGUUGAGGUGGAUGAGCUUGAGUUUGUUCUUGCACCUCGUGGUGGGGAAUUUUGCGGAUAUGAACCCGACACUUCCAGUCACAGUAAAGUCGACAGCAGUAAUUCCAGUCAUGGUUCUAAAAAGCAAGACACUGAGAGUCCAAACAGUGGAGUUUCUGUUGAUGUUCAUGAAGGAGUUAAAACCAUUGCCAAAAUGGUGAAGUGGUUGCUGACGAGCUUCCACGUGAAAGUUAAGAAACUAAUCGUGGCAUUUGAUCCGCUUCUGGAAGAUGGAAAUGAUAGCGGGUUAGACAGAAUCUUGGUGCUUCGGAUUUGUGAAGCAGAGUGCGGAACACAUAUUUCUGAAGAUGAUUCGUCGAGCAGUUUCACCACGGUUAAUAAUUUUCUUGCUUUCAGUCGGUUAACAAAUUAUGUGAAAUUUGAGGGAGCAGUGAUUGAGUUGCUCCACGUGGAUGGUCUUGAUCAUCAGUCAUCGCUUGAAUUUCCCACCGAAACAAGUGCUGGCAACUGGUUUUCAGGGUACUGUUCAUCUGGUAACAUGACUACGAUAAUUUCUGGAGAAAAUGGAGGUUUUUCGGGAAAUCUUUCGUUAAGUUUACCAUGGCAAAAUGGUUCACUGGACAUCCACAAAGUGGAUGCUGAUCUUCAUUUGGAGCCUCUUGAAAUUAGACUUCAACCCAGCACUGUCAAGUGUUUCAUCUUUAUGUGGGGCUUAUUGAAAGGUGUUAUUGAGAAGACCAAGGAUCCAGGUUAUCAUGAACCAUCAGAUGAAUUGUCAGCUCCAAGUUCUUGUGUGGGUCCUCCUGAAAAAGGGUUAGCUUAUAAUGGGUGCUUGAUUGCCAAUAGCUGUGUGAUGGAGAAGGAACCAGCACAUAAUCUGCUCUCAGAAUCGCAUCUUAUAUCCGAUUGGGUGAGCAGAAGCUCGAAAGAUGCAAAUGAAGAAGAACCAGACUUUGGAGCAAGUGUGGACCAAUUUUUUGAGUGUUUUGAUGGACUAAGAAAUUCACAGUCAGCUUUGGGGAAUAGUGGCAUGUGGAACUGGUCAUGUUCUGUGUUUAGUGCAAUAACUGCAGCUUCCUACCUUGCCUCUGGGUCUUUACAUGUCUCGUCUGAGCAGCAGCAUGUUGAGACCAACUUUAAUGCGUCCGUAGCAAAAGUAUCUCUCCUUUUAUCCUUCCUUGAUGAAGACCAGAAUCAGUUCUCCAAAGCGACAGAUGAUAAGGCCAAUACUGAUUCUCAAAGUCAUCGUCUGUGCACACAGUUGAUUGAUUUGUUUCUUACAGUGCAGGUGGGCCCUUCAGAAAUGAAUUUUGAAGUUAUUGUGCAACAUAUUCAACUAGUUGAUCACUUGUGCUCUGAAAAUAAUUCAGUGGGCUCCAAUGUGCAUGGAUUUAGUGACAAUUCUGCUAGUGAGGUUGCCUUGAUCUGGAAAAUGCAAGACGAUGUGCAAGGCGCUUUUCUGGCUUUCCAAGACUCUGACAAAGAACCCGGAACACAUUACCGGGUUAAUCAUUUGACUGAUAUUUCUCUGAACAUGAAGGAGAUCAAUAGAUGUCGUCACUUGAUAAAUGGUAAAGAUAUCUGCGGGAAAGAUGCCAGUGUAACUUUGCUUAAGACCUCAGGUGCCACUCAGUGCCAUGUCAAGAUAAACUUGGGUUCUGCUGGUUCUUCAACAAUGGGGCCUACAAUUUUUACAUUGAAGUUGCCGCAUUUCGUGUGCUGGUUUAGCUUUGAUCCAAUUACCAUGAUGCUACAAUUUCUGAAAGAUAUGGAAAAUUGCAUGGAGACAACUCUCAAGGGGAGUAAUUAUGUGCCUGAUUCAGAAGCUAUGAAACGUGGAUUUUUCCCUCAGAAUGAUGAAGGGAAAAUUUCACAUGCUUCAGCUGAAAGAGUUGUGGAGGGUCAUAUAUUCCUUCUAAAUGCUAGGAUCUUCCUCUGUUUUCCUCCCAAGAACCACAGAGAUCUUAGCAGCAGCUCUUCUAGCAGACAGUUUAUUGCUUUUGAUUUUAUUUCACCAAGAACUUGUGGGAAAGAUGUCCAAUCUUCUAACCCAACACCUUUUGCAAGUUCCGACAGGAGGCUCACUGCCACCACAUCAUGCUCGUUGAAUUUUAACGUCGGUGACUUUUAUCUCUUCUCCAUUAGCGCCCCUUUAACACAGAAAACUGUUGGAAGCGAGAUCUAUAACAUGCAGGAGGCUAGCUUUUCUGUUGAGAAGAUUAUUUCUGUUGUGAACAAAACUGGUCUGUCUAUCAUUAGUAUUUUAUGGCAAGAAGGCCUUGCUACUGGCCCUUGGAUAGCACAGAAAGCCAAGCUUUUAGCUUCUUCAGAGAAUGGAAAGAAAGAUGUAAGAAAAGGCUGCGAUUUUGCCUCAGUUACAACUGUUAAGGACAACAAAAAUUUCGAAGCUCGUUCCCGACAAGAGAUAAUAUCAAGUUCUACAUUUUUACUUCAUGGGAAAUUACCUCCUGUAACAAUCAGUCUGGGAAAAUCUCAGUAUGAAAACUUAAGCGGCCUCAUAACUCAGGUGCUCGAGCAUUUCUCAAGUGUUGCUUCUGAAUCAGUUUCGAUUGGGGAGAAACACUCUGUAUCGCAAACAUCAAUUCUUAUAGAAUGUGAGUCUGCUACAUUUACAAUGGCGAUUGAGCCAGUAGGGGAUGUUUUCUCUACACGUUCUGAACUGCCCGGUUCUUGGUCAUGUCUGACACUUAAAGUCAACAAGUUUGAAUUACUUUCUGUAUCAAAUAUCGGUGGAAUCAGGAGUGCCGAUUUUCUAUGGGUGGCCCAUGGUCCAGGCAGUUUGUGGGGUUCAAUUACUGAAGGUGUACAUCACGAGUUUCUUCUGAUAUCGUGCAGUGAAUCUACAAUGGGCCGUGGCAGUGGCGAAGGUUCAAAUGUACUAUCUUCUAGAUAUUCUGGUUCGGACAUCAUUCACUUCUUUGAUCCAGAGAGCAACCAUAAUUCUAUUUCUAUUACUGUUAGAGGCGCCACUAUUGUGGCAAUUGGGGGUCGUAUGGAUUGGUUUACUACAAUAUUUUCUUUCUUCAGUUCACCAUCUUCCGAACUAGAGCAAACAGGUGGUGAUUGUCGGGACAAGAAAUGUGGGUCGUCCUUCAUUCUUCAUUUGGUGGAUGUUGGUUUGAGUUAUGAACCGUACUUCGGAAAACCGACAGUUCCUCAAGGGUCAGACACAUCUUCUAAUUGGAGUGCCAAUGAAUCUUCGGAAGACUUCCACGUUGCUUGUUUAUUGGCUGCGUCUUCCUUGAAACUUUCGAAUACUACUUUGGUUGAUUGCAGUGAAGGAGAGUACAAGAUUGGCCUGCAAGAUCUUGGUUUUCUCAUUCGUAUGCUGCCGAAAUCUGAGUUGUUUGGUAGUAAUUACAGUGUGGAUUUCCUUCGCAAGACUGGCUAUGUGAAAGUUGCAGAAGAGGCUCAUACUGAGGCACUCUUUAGGACGAACUGUGUGAACGGCCAUUCAUGGGAAUUAGAAUGUGGGGACUCACACAUCGUUUUGAAUACAUGCCAUGACACGACAUCAGCAUUAAUUAGAUUGGCUGCUCAACUCCAAAAGCUAUUUUCGCCUGAUUUGCGAGAUUAUGUUGUGCACUUGGAGAAUAGGUGGAACAAUGCACAGCAGGUGCAUGAUGCCAGUGAUGAAAAGAAGGUUGGUGAUUUUUCUCCAACACUUUCUCAGGGGGAGACUUGGAGUCUAGAUAAGAAAGUUAUGGUAGGGAAUUUGAUGAAUGAAAUAUGUGAAGAUGUCUUCCAGGUUGAUGGUGAUGGUCAUACUAAAAGUUUUGAAUCACAUCUUGCCAUGUCAACUGGUGAAAGUUCUCUAGUGGCUAGUAGAGCUUCGCCUUCAGAAGAAAAUGUUCCCACUUUUAUAGAAGAAUAUUUCGUAUCAGAUUUACGCCCCCUUUCAGGCCGCGCUUUGAAAAAACAGUCAUCUGACCCGACUGGCUACAAAUCUGCUUCUGCUGGAGAGUCUCGAUUGGGUAUUGGUGGAUGGUAUGCAGAUACGUCACUAAGAAUUUUAGAAAACCAUGCUUCGAAACUAGAGCAGAUCAAUAUGCCGAAGGAGGCUGUAGAUGUUGAAAUUUCUUCCAGUGAUUCUGAUUAUGUUGAUAUUGGAAAAGCUGAGGGUCACAUACUUCUUAAGAACAUGAAUGUCGUCUGGAGAAUGUAUGGUGGCUCAGACUGGUCUUCUAGCUUUCGUAACACAUCUCGUAUUUCUACUGUGACUUGUUCAAGGGAUUUGGCUGUUUGUUUAGAGCUUGCACUAUGUGGCAUAGGGCUCGAAUAUGAUGUUUACCCUGAUGGUGAAAUAUCGGCCUCUACGCUUUCUGUCAACAUUCAGGAUGUCUGCCUGAAUGAUAGAAGUGGUAAUGCACCAUGGAAACUGUUUGGUUGGCUGCGUAUUGCGAUACUUCCUAUUCGGUUGCAUCUUCACCAGAGCCAACUAGACUUUCUGAUCAAGUUCUUUGGCGGAAAAGAAUUAUCAGCUGAAUCUUCUCCCAGUACUCCAUUGGGUUUAGGCAACUCGGGAGAGCCAUGUGAGAAGAGUGACAAUGUACAGUGUUGCAACAUUAAUGAGGCAUUUCUUACUUACUUUCAGAAAUUUGAAAUAUGCCCGAUGCUAAUCCGAGUUGAUUAUAGUCCUUGCCGUGUUGACUUAACUGCAUUAAGGGGUGGCAAAUAUGUUGAACUUGUUAACCUUGUACCUUGGAAGGGUGUGGAGUUACAACUCAAACAUGUUCAAGGAGUUGGUCUUUACGGUUGGGGAAGUGUUUGUGAGACAAUCCUUGGGGAGUGGCUAGAAGACAUUUCUCAAAAUCAGAUUCAUAAACUGUUAAAAGGCCUUCCUCCCAUUAAGUCCUUGUUUGCUGUUGGUACUGGAGCUGCAAAAUUGGUCUCUCUGCCUGUAAAGAAUUACAAAAAGGAUCAUAGACUACUCAAAGGAAUGCAAAGAGGUACUUUUGCAUUUCUUAGAAGCAUCUCGCUCGAAGCCAUUGGACUAGGAGUACAUUUAGCUGCCGGAGCCCAUAAUGUUCUCCACCAAGCAGAAUAUAUCCUAGCAAGCAUACCACCCUCUGUACCAUGGCCCGUAGAAAGCAAAGUGGGUACCAAUGCUUACCAAAGCAUUAGUGAUGGCCUUGGAAAAUCGGCUUCUGCUUUGGUACAAACUCCAUUGAAAAAGUACCAACGAGGUGGCAGUGUGGGGUCCGCUUUGGCUACUGUCGUGCAGUCUGCCCCAGCGGCAGCUAUAGCCCCAGCUUCUGGUGCUGCUCGUGCAGUGCAUUGUGCUCUUCUUGGCUUUAGGAACAGCCUUGACCCAGAGCAUAAGAGAGAGUCUGUGGAAAAAUACAUGGGCCGAACUCCUCCUCGAGAAUUCAUGCAAUAGACUCAAAAAGAAGCUCCAUAGCUUAGAGGGAGAAGAUAGAUCAUAAUCAGGUGUAUAAAUGUACAAAUGUAUAUAUAUGAUGUACAGUAAAGAUUGCAUUGUAAAGGGAUCUCUUUUGUCAGAAGAAAGAUUAUGUAGAUUGUGUACAUGUGAUUGCCAGUAGGUUUAAAGUUUAAACUCAGCAAAUCCUAGCCUUUGUAAUUAGCCUGAAUUUGUUGAUUACAAUUUA